AUGUCCCGAGCUGUAAAAACACCUGUAAAUCAAAUCUUACACACCAACGUUGCUGUGGUGAGGAUGAAAAUUCAAAAAGCAGUUUUUGAAAUUGCUUGUUAUAAAAACAGUGUCGUUUCAUGGAGAAAGGGAAUUGAAAAGGAUUUGUCAGAAGUUGUUCAAAUUGAUACAGUUUUUACAAAUGUUUCUAAAGGAGAAGCUGCAAAGAAGACUGAUCUUCAAAAGUAUUUUGGAACUAGUGAUACAAAGGAAGUUUGUAAAAAGAUUUUACAAGAUGGUGAAUUACAAGUGAGUACUAAGGAAAGAGAGGAAAUGUACGAAUCAAUGUUUAAGGAUAUAGUUACAAUUAUUACGAAUAAGUGUAUAAAUCCUGAUACACAAAGACCAUAUCCUGGAGGAGUUAUUGAAAGAGCUCUGAAAGAACAAAUUCACUUUUCUGUAAAACCAAGCAAGAGUACUAAACAACAAGCUUUGGAGGCCAUCUCAAAGUUAAAGAGGAAAAUUCCAAUUGAAAAGGCCCAUAUGCGUGUAAAGUUGACACUAAGUGGCAAGGAAAAUAUUAAAAAAUUGAGACAACUCUUCAAGACUGCCAAUAAGGAAGAAGAACAAGUUAAAUUUGAACAAGACGAUUAUUCACCAGAGACUGAAACUGCAAACAUUAUUUGUAGAAUUGAUCCAGGUCUCUAUCGUCACAUUUUUGAUAUUGUUGAUGAAGAAGAUGGAGAAGUUCAAGUUUUGGAUACAACUGUCUCUGAGGAAGGUGAUACAACCAUUGAUGAAUUGGAUGAUAAGCAAGAUGAAUCUGAAAAGAAACCAAUUCACCAUUCUACAGUGGAAAAUUCUGACAAUGAGGAAGAAGAGGAAACAUCAAAGAAGAGCAAGAAAAAGUCUGAAGAUUCCAAGAAGAAACCAACCAAAAAGAACAAAAAGUCCAACAAGAAUGAAAGUGAUGAUGAAAAGCCAGAAAAAACCACCACUACUAAGGAUGAAAGUGACGAAGAGCAAUUAAUCUCAAGUUCCAACAAGAAACAAUCCAAAAAGGAAAAGAAGAAGGCCAAGAAGAAGCAAACUCAACAAGAUGAUUCUGAUGAUGAAGCUGCUGCCACCAUUGAAGACGAUGAAGAGGAAGAGAAACCAAAAAAGACAGCUGCUAAGAAAGCACCAACAUCCAAUAAGAAGGCCUCUUCUCAUUCAGAUGAAGAUCAAGAACCAUCAUCCAAUGUAAAUAAUGAUUCAGAUGAAGAAUUAGUCCAAACCUCCUCCAAUAAGAAACAAUCUAAAAAGGAAAAGAAGAAGGCAAAGAAAUUCGCCAAACAAUCAAGUACCUCAACACAAGAAGACGAUGAGCAAGACGACGAAUAAACAUGUUUAAAUUCUACUC